CGCCAGCUGCGCUAGCCGCGCUGCCCGAUGCCCCUGGAGGUGUACCGCCACCGUGCCCGGCCGCUCUGGCACACUAGUGCCGUUUUAACGCACGUGCCGUGUGUGUUCAUGUGUGUGUGCGUGUGUGAGGCUGCCUGUGCACUUGUUGGCGCCGCACUGUCUGCAAAGGGGUGUUGACAAUGACUAGGGGGUAGAGGCGGUUUGCUUUGCAUUCUUGUAUUCGUCAUGGAAUCAGAGUAUGAUCCUUGGAGUGAGCAGCCCCUUGAUUUGGUGAAGAAGAAGUUGACUGUCUCGUCGCCCGACUCAGCUGCAAUGGGUGUGAGUGACUUGGCUGGGCCCAAACUGGGCGAAGCCAGUCCAGCGAACCAUGAGUUGUAUUUGAAUGAGGAGGAUGGCAACUUCUAUUCGAGGAACCAAGCACUCAUGAAAGCAAGAAAGGCUUAUUCAGAUGAGAGGCCGAAGAAAUUUGUGUUGAAAGUACCAACUGUCAAGCAGGAAGUGACAGAUUCCGAAGCGACUCCCUGGAAUGACGCUCAAACUCAAAAGCCGUCUCCUUAUUCUUCAUCGAAUAACAGAAGUCAUACUGCUAAGUUGCCCACUGAUAAUAAACAGUCAGCGUAUUCAGUUGCAAACAAGAUUAAUGCCAAAAAGGCUGGAGGGCAACAAGGUGAUAGACAGGAAGAACUAAGCAGAUUCAUCUUGCAAUCACCUAACCUUUAUAGUGCAUUGUGUCUAAACAAAGCAAAGACGGAAUCCAUGCCAAGCAAAGGUCAAAAAUCAGCUGCCAAGGCUCUAUUGCGUGACAGCCCUAAAGAUUCCUCAGGAAUGUCUGCCGCAUACUUAGAAGUAUUCGACAAGCUUAUGGCUGACUAUGUCAAAAAAUUGAAUGCCCAGGGCAGCCUAGACAACUUAGAAAACACUGUGGAGGGAAUUAAUUUGGUACUUAAUAAUUUAGCUGCCUAUGAACAAAAGCUUCUAUCCGCCAUGUACAUGGGUAGUUUGAUAAACUCAACGUUUCCAAAUAUUUAUCCUCAAAUGUCUCACUUGAGUCCUUUACUAGCAGCCCAAAGCCUAGGUUCUGGGUUCAAUCCCUUGCUGAACCCUGGAUUCCCAUUGGGCCUGGCAUCGUCAACAUUACUUCAUUCAGGAAUGAGUCCUGAAUUAUUAGCCUCACCUCUCUCUAGUUCUGCUUACCAAAAUUUGCACCCUUCAGAAAGGGCUACGUCUACUCCAAUGUCACCUCCUGCUUCAUCACCUGCCUCAGUUUCAUCAAGUACAAACCCCUCAUCAACUGUGACCACCUCACUUCCUUGUAACAAGCUAGGCUCGCAAGACUCUCUUUUAAGAAUUAAAGAUUUUCAUCAAUGGAGGGUCAGUGGUGACACCCAGUCAAGCACUCCAACGUCCAGCAUAACUUCUUUAACAACACCUACAGACCUGUCUAAUGACGAAUCCAUGUCUCACUCCAUGUCUGCUGCAUCCAGUGGACGGUCCUCAUCUGUCUCCUCAACUCAAAACUUGACCCUUAGUCCCUUGUCGUCUGUUGGUGCUAGUCCCCCUCUUUCUUCAAAGUCUGAUUCCUAUUCACGACCACAGCUUCUCAAUUUUUCACGGUCGAUUAUUGAUCAUCAAAAGAACUCUGGGUCAAAUUCAGAUAACUCAAAAGGUCAAGAUCCUGGAAACGGGAGUAAUAACCAAGAAAAGAAGAAACCCCAUAUCAAAAAACCCCUCAAUGCUUUCAUGUUGUACAUGAAAGAAAUGCGACAACAAGUCGUGUCUGAGUGCACACUGAAAGAGAGUGCAGCGAUAAACCAGAUUCUAGGGCGUAGGUGGCACGCAUUAAGCAGAGAGGAACAAGCCAGGUAUUAUGAGUUGGCUCGCAAAGAGAGACAGCUGCAUAUGCAACUUUAUCCUGAUUGGUCUUCCCGUGCCAAUACAACGCGUGGUAAGAAGAGGAAACGCAAACAAGAAACAAAUGAUGGAGGAAAUAACAUGAAAAAAUGCAGAGCACGAUAUGGUCUGGAUCAACAAAGUCAGUGGUGCAAACCAUGCAGGCGUAAGAAGAAGUGCAUCCGGUACAUGGAGGCCGGCGGCGGCGGCGGCGACGACGACGGCAACCAGUCGGACGACAACCUCGGCUCGUGCGGCAGCGUGGGCGAGGGCGACGCGCACACCCCGGUGGACGAGGACGACGACGGCGACGGCGACGAGUCCAUGUCGCAGUCGCACUCGUUGUCGAGCCCCGGCGGGCUGAGCGGACUGUCCAGCCUCACGAGUCCAUCCAUGAUCCUCCCCAGCCCGAGCACCAGCCUGGCCAGCCCCUCAGUGAGCCUGGCCAGCCCGUGCAUGAGCCUGCAGUCCCCCCUCACGCCCCUGGAGUACGAGUGCAAGCCCCCUCCCCCGUUACCGUUGUCCCUGUCCCUCCCCAUGUACAACCACCACCACUCACCUUUACUAGGACCUCCCUUACAUCGACAUCCAGUCGGGACAAAUCCUCACGAUAUUAACAAUCCGUUGAGUGUGAACCAAUUGACUGGCAAGUGUAUCAAGACAGAGCCUAGUAGCAGUGCCAGCAGUGGGAGUGGAGGACCUAGUGGGCCCGGGCCGGGGUCAGUGGCGGGGCCCAGCGCCCCCGCGCCAGCACCUUCAAACAUCAUCAGAGUCACGUAGCGGCGGCUGGCAGCUGGCAUGGCCUUCAUCGUAGCAUUUAGUCAAAUAGUGAGAAUCUUCAAUUCCCAUCAUUCAUCACAGAUGACCACUGUACUACCUCUCAUGUAUCAUCUUCAUAAUAAUAAUUAUUACAAUUAUCAUUGUUCAUUGUCAUCAUCAUCAUCAUCAUCAUCAUUUUUAUCGCAAUUAUCUUCAUCAUCAAUCUGUGUUGCUCUAAUUCUUAGGCAGUCUAUUAGGUGUUGUUUCUUUCUUUUUAUAAGUUAUAUAUAUAUACAAAUAAAUAUAUAUAUUUAAAAUUGAGCUAUGGUAAUUUGAAACCUGAAUGAUGGCUUGACUACUGUCAGACAUUGCAAACUUUGUGUUUUAAUCGACACUAUACUGCUUCAUGAAUGUGAUGCCUAUUAUUUAGUUACUUUAUACGUUUAGGGUGAAAAGUAGAUACUUUGGGACUCCUGAUAUGUUUUACAGUCAGUCUCCAAAGUUUUCUGUAUUGUCAAGUGACUGAUGGUAUAAACUUGGCUCUGGAUAUUUGAACUUGUAAGUGUGGUCAUCACAGCCCAAGGUGAAGUCAAAAAUCUGUGUUCUCAAAAGACUGGAUUUGUAAUGUGUUAUUUUUUUAAGGGAAUAUAAAAUAUGCAGAAAACCAUUAACUGUAGUCAAGGGAAUGGUUGGAUUUUGUCAUCUUGUACUCCCAAUCAUGUCAUGCUGGUUUCAUGUUCCUGUAUCAUUCUUAGGGGGACUUCAGAAUGUCUCUUCAGAAAAUUAUUCAUUAUUUACAGCUUCAAUUUGGUAAAUGGUACUAAGUGACAUGCUGCUUUCUGUAAUAAUUUCUGUUUUCCCUCAACUGAAAAAAUUGAGUAUAUUGUGCUUCUUGACUUAUCUCAACAUACUCUGUUUUAGCGUUUUAUGUUAAUGCUCCGGUAAAUUAUGUUUGUCACAAAGUACUUGAUUUCACUGGAUAACCAUCCAAUAUGUUAAAAUUGUGAGAAGAUAUUGUUCCUUUAGUGCCAGAACUUGUGUUAAUUGUGUAUGUUUUCUCACAACACCGUCUAUGUUAUUUAAUUUUUAUGAGUCUUUAUCUUAAGAUUUGCCAAUUGAUAAAUGAUCUAUGAAACAUUUUAAAAAAUCUAUCAUCCUAUUAUAUGUUAGGUCUGUUUCUUUUAUUCCCAUUUUAUUUUUAUCUAAUUGAAAUUGUGUCAUGUGGCCUUUGCCAUUUAUGAAUAUAAUAAAGUUAUGUCCGAGCCUUUCCUUUAUAUCUCAAAGUUUUUGUUUUCUUAUUUUGCCUCAAAAUUUAUGCAUCAGCAAACAUUUGUGAACAGUCUACUUCUUGCUUGAUUUGAAAGUUUUAAUUGUUAUCUCCUUAUUGCAAUCAAACUCUUGACCAUGCCAGUGUAAAUUGACAGAAUGAUAACAACUAUCAUUUUAAAGCAAAGCAUGCCACAGCAUACGGCCCAUGCACACAUUUCUCGAUUUCUUUUAUUUUCUCGUUGUUGACUUGACUCUUUGUGAUGUAAAUUAAAUUUUGAUUGUUUUCUGUUGAAUUUUACAAAUUUACAAACGGUUGGAAUGGGAAGUGUACAUAUAUGAUAUGAGUUGGAAGGAUUAGAUGGCAUGUAAAGAUUUUUUUUAUUAUUAUUAUCUUUAUUUGUGUGUAUGCAUUUGUAAUUUUAAUGUGUGGUGACGAAUGAUCCUGUGCUCUCAUUUGCAUGAGCUACUUAACUUACUCUUGGCUAGUUUUAGCAGGUGUGUGCAGAGGCACAUUCUCUGUGAAAAGACACAUUUACAAAAGCCUGUGUGAUUUUUCUGUACAUGUUUUUGUUGUAUAUGUGUAUUUUCACAAGAGUGAAUGGGUGGGUGUGAGAAGUUACACGCCAUAACCUUUGUUGAAAUGAAUCUGUUAUGAGUUCCACAAUAUCAUGUCACUAAGUUACCGUACAAAUAAGUGCUCAUAGCCUUUUCAGUAAGAUGAAGUAUUAAAUUAUAUUUGUGUCAGAUAGAAAAGACAGUAUGAAGUCAAAGAGAGCUGAUCGUUCACUGAGCUACCCAGUCAUUAAAGUGCGGAGCUUGGUGAACCUUGUACUGGAGUAAACUGCAUCUGUAGCAUCUAUGAGCGUAAAUGUGAAUGACGAGACAUGUUAACUGUCACACAAAUUGUUUAUGUUCUAAAUCUCUUUCUCAUGAUCGCUACAUUGAAUUAUGUUUUUCUUAAGUUGCCAUGUCUAUUUUCUCUUGAUUUCCCAGUAGAUUUAAGUGUAGAUUUCUUUUUAUGACAAAGCGUACAUUUGUUGAUUGUUUGUAUGUGAGUUGGGCUGUCUCCUUGUGAUAUCUCAAUUUUGUGUAUCUCUUAGUUGUUUCAUUGUGCAUAAAGCAUGCUCUGUAAUGGGCCUUCCCAGUGCAAACAAGCUGUGUAUGGAAUCUUAAUUACAAUUUCAAUAGUCAAAUUGUCGAUAUGUAUCAUUGGUGCAACUCAUCAACAAUCUACAUUAAAAUGGUAUUGAAGCCUAUGAUUUUCUGAAUAUCAAAACCUUCUUUUGAUUACUUCCAUUCAGUUUUCUUUGUUAUCAAAAAUAUGUGAUGCAGACAGAAAUUUGUUAUUUAGGGCUCCAUACAUCAUUAUUAGGUUCUUAAAAUUCUUUUUGGGUCUUCAGUCUUUAUCAGUUCUAUUUCAAAUGUGCUUUAACAUGGUUUGGUUAGGAACAUUGUUGCUCUAUAUGCCUUACAAAAACCACUUCUGGCACACUUGCUUUGGCGGCCAACUUAAAGGUCACAACAACCAAUGAGCUUUUUCGAACCUCUCAUAUCUUCACGCACCAAGAAAAUUUGGGAUUUCUUUAACCUUACACAAAAGAUAUUUUUGAAGUAGAACUUGAUAAGCAAAGAUAAUGAUACAAAUUCUUUUUAUGAAGGGUACCUCAAACUUAGCGAUCUCAUCAAGUAAAAGAGAAGUCCUUUGGUUUAUUUUCCUCGGGUCUUCAUAGCUAUACUUGAAAUUUGGACUGUUUUCCCUUUCUUUGGGCACCAAUUGUACCUAUGAAUUGGAAACUAAAUUCUGCUUUGCUUUCUGUGUUUUCUAUUUUCCAAAUACACAAUGAAGUGGCUUGUGGUGUAGAUGAUCUGUGGUGAGUUAAUAUCAUUUACUUUAGAUUCAGUUCCUCAGAUCUCAUUAUUUGUAACAACAGUAGGCUAUGUCAGCUGAUAUAGUGGACGUGCUCUCUUAUUUAUGAAUUGAAAAUACUUUGGCUUUUGUUUUGUUACAUAUUUAGAAUUGUGAUUGAUACAUUUGCCUGUCCCGUUUCUAAAACUUUACGUCACAAUCCUGGUAAGAGCAAUAUCUGUGUUUCACUUUGUUAGCUUUAUUUCAUCUUGCUUUGAGAAGAACAUCUUUCAUUAAACUCUAAAAAAAUUUGUGCCAAACAACAUUAUAAUUUCAUGUUUACUAUAAAUCUGUGAAAAAGUUCCAUCACAGCCAUGCAACAGGCUUUUAAAAAAUAAUUCCUGUACCUGUGAAUAAGAUAGCGGCCAAAGUAGAGUUGAAACAGUCCACUACAUAUCAUUUGCAUUGAGGUUUUGUGACCAAAUUCAUGGAGAUUUGUAUGUACAUUGUGCCUAUUGGAAUGUCUGUCAACUCUACAACCAGAACUCAGUUGCACUUUCUGCGAACAAUGGGGAACUAGUCAUUCAAUCUUUAGAAAGUUUUAUUUCUGCCGGAAGUGAACAGGGAAGGAAUGUCAGAAACAAUUUUUAUUCAAAAUCUGCAACCAUCUCCCUUUACUUGCCCUCAUUCAUAAGCCUUCCCAAAAUUAAUUUGUGUAUGCAGCUAUUGAAGAAUUCAUUUUUAUAAAAUGAAUGUAAAUACUUAAAUUUCAUAAAACAAUUGUUUCUUUUCCUAUUUAAGGAAGGAGAAAAUAUUACAAAUUGUUAUGUGUAUGUAGUAAAUGUAAAAAGAAUCAUAUUUCUAUAUGUCUUUAGUAUGUAUGAAUAGGUCAUCAUCCUUCAGAAUCACCAUUUCCUCUUCAUUUUUUAGAAAAGAAGAAAAUUUAAGAUAAGAGUUGUGUAUGCUGUAUAGAACUGAAAAGAAAUACGCAACUUUUGAAAUGAAAAAUGGAAUAGUGUUGAAUCAACAUUAUGUAUCUCAUGUGUAUAGUUAGGAAUGUACCAUAACAGCAUUAUAAAGAACACAAAAUUUAGAAUGUUGCGGUAUUGUGUCUCGUGUAGAAUCUGAGAGUGAUCUUCAUAGUCAUAUCUCAUCAGAUUUGAAUAUUGUUGUUAGUAAAGCAACAUUGAUUUCUACAAAUUA